GCUGCCUCAGAAUCCAGAAGACACAGGUGUGGGAGGCUGUGGUCGCACUGGUCGGAGGAAUGAGACUAGAAGAGUGGCGUGUGAUGUUUGUCAUAGCGAAGAUCCGAGGAGGAUGAGGAGAGAAAGACAUGGCGCGGCCGCCCAUCCCCCUGCUGCUGCCUGUUAUCUGCAUGGUCGUUAUGGCAUCUGGGGAAGAAGAUCCGGGAACAAUGACCAUUUACAUCACAAAAUCUGUUGACGGCUUUUCAGCAACGUGGUCCUGGGAUGACCAUUGUCUGGAAGAGGACGACGUCACCUUUACAGCUGUUUAUAAGAAGGUGGGAGCGCCAGACAACGAAUCACAGGAAUGUGUGAUCACUGAAGAUUGCUUCUGCAAGAUCCCCCCCGAUCUACUUGAUUACAGUCAUAAUUAUACUCUACUGAUCUCAGCUACAGCACCUGGAGAAAACCUGACCAACUCGAAAGACUUUGAUCCCAACUGUGAAAUGAAACCUCCACCUGAAAUCCAUGUGAAAUCCAGCGAUGCCUUGGUUAUAGUAAAUAUUUCAACCCCAGGUAAUCCAGGUGAAGAAGAAUAUAACUUAAGUCUCAGAAGAAAUGAUUCCACUGAGGAGAAAUCUGAAUCCAUCAGAGUGCGCAAUUAUAUAAUUCCACCCAAUGCCCUCUCUCCGGGGCAAGUGUAUUGCCUGAAGGUUAAUGUAUAUAACAUUUUGGCAAUGGCCUUUAGUCCAUUCAGCCCAGAAGAAUGCUUCACGGCGCCUGCUAAAGCACCGCCGAAUAAUCUGAGGAUGGAAGCGCUGGACUCAAGAUACCUGCUGAAGUGGGACUGGGAUUUUGAUCAAUCUCCGAAUGUCACGUUUUCUGUGGAAAAGUGCCACAACUAUGAUGGCCGCUGCACUAAAUUAAAGGGAUGUGAAAAUAUAACCGCUACCCGGUGUCGCACAGCGUUGCCUUUUAAAGGAGACCAUAUCUUCCGCGCCUCUGUGUAUGACGGCCAAAGAGAAGAAAAAAGCUCAAGCGUUAUACAGUUCUCUCCAUACUAUGAUACACAUAUCGGGCCGCCCAAAAAUGUGACCCUGCGUAUUGUAAACAACGAACUGUUCAUUGAUGUCAGUGCGCCCGAAGGAUUCAAAGAUGCAGAUAUAGAUGGUCUCUGCGGCUGGCUGACCCACCUGGAAUAUUGGGCCAAUUCUACCCACAAUUCGGAGGUAACAGUUAAAGAAGAGAAGCGUCCAUUUUUUAAGAUCGAGUCCCUGGAAGAAUCAACCACUUACUGUGCAAAAGCAAAGAUGAAGUGCGAAGAUAGUGAUAGGAGCAGCCUGUACAGCCAGGUUUACUGCAUCACAACAGAUCCCAGGUCCUAUCUGUUCGCAUGGAUAAUCGGAUGCACCAUUGUGGGAAUCGUCCUAAUAUCAUUCGGUCUCUACAUCUGCUUUUGUCCCUUAAAACGUUAUAUAAAGCAUACAUUCUUCCCAUCCAACAGACUGCCAUCAAGCAUUGAGAAGGGUUUUGGAGAGUUGCCAUUGGAUUGUAUCAAGCAUCCAUUUUUACUACAUGAAGAAGAGACCAUGGACCAGUGCUACAUUGUCCAGAACUCCCAUACAGAAGGUUCGGUGCAGGAUAACUCCUCUCAGGACAACAGCCAGGAGUCUGGAAACUAUUCAGACACGGGUCAAACCACAGGGGAGGCUGGAACGUGUGCUCAGUGAUCCUUUGGUAUUGGGCAAGUUAUAGGCAUGCUUGGAGACUGGAGAGUUGUCCUGCUUCUUCUAGAGGCGAUGAUGAAGGAGGUCUAUGACAAUUUUGCCACCCAGGACAGAAGAGCUCCUUCACGCCCUAACCAUGAUUCUGCGGCCCAUUUCCCACCUCCUUGUUGAUAACCAUGCAGAUCCUCUGGAGAGGGGAGAGUUGCACAGGUUAUCGCUACCCAGUGGUAGACAUGAUGGAAACGACUAGGGCUGUGCCAUGGGCCCUGUAGCAUCCUCGUGGUCUACCUCUGUGGUACUUGGAUACAAACACAUUGACUUUCGGGGGCACAGAUGUGUCGGGAACACAAAAUGUGAAUGGCCAGCUUACACGUCUUAAAAUCAAAUUUAGACUUUAUUGGACGGUACCAACGCUUGCGCGUUUCGACUGAGCACAGCCGUCUCAGUCAUAGCAGGUAGUGAGGUAUGGAAACCUUUGUACACAUGACUGUCAUCUCAUGCCAGUUAUAUACACAGGCCACCGAUCACCCUUACAUACAAGAUCGGUGAGUCCUCUUCUACAUUGGACAGUGUCUAAAUACUCCCAACAUUUACCGCUGGCGGAAGGAUAAACAGGCAAGUCAUUGGCGGAACAACCCCAGUAAAUUCAUGUGGGCCACGGCGAUUGUUUUCUUUUAAUUUUUAUCAUUGUAUAAUUCUUUUUACCCCUUAGUGAC